AUGGUGUCCAAAGAUUCACUCGACCUUAACGUCCUCGGGCUGAAUUCUGGAACCUCGAUUGACGGAAUCGAUGUGGUGCUAUGCAACUUCCGUCAAGAAUCUCCUGAAUCUUCUCUACACCUUAAGAUUGUACACCAUGGGGAAAUGCCCAUGCCGGCUGACCUAAAGGAGACAGUGUUGAGGCUGAUCAAGGAUAACUCAACCAGCGUUGAGGAGAUCUCAGAGGUUAACACCCGCCUAGGAAUGGCCUUCGCUGAGGCUGCUGUCAACUUUUGUGUCGAAUAUAAGGUCGACCGUGUGGAUUUGAUUGGUUCACAUGGUCAGACCAUUUGGUAUGUCUCAGAUCCUAAACCUGGUCAAUGCCGUUCAGUAUUGACGUUUGCUGAGGCAACGUAUAUUGCCAAUAAGAUGGGAAAAACGGUGGUUUCAGAUUUUAGAAUAUCUGAACAGAGUGUGGGUAGACAGGGGGCUCCUAUGAUUGCCUUUUUCGACAGUCUGUUGCUAAUCCACCCAACCAAGCUUCGUGCCUGUCAGAAUAUUGGUGGGAUCUCCAAUGUAUGCUUUGUAGUUCCUGAAUCCAAAGGAGGUCUUGACAGGUGUUUUGACUACGACAUUGGGCCUGGAAAUGUGUUUAUAGAUGCUGCAAUCCGGUUUUUUACAGGCGGAAAGUCGGAGUACGACAAGGAUGGCGAAUGGGGAAGGCAUGGUACAGUAGAUCAAGAAAUUGUUGACACUUAUCUGGAUCAAUACUACUUUAACCGGACUCCACCCAAAACAACUGGAAGAGAGCUUUUUGGUGAUUCUGAGGCCGAGAGACUAAUUGGAAUGUGUCAAGCAAAGGGCUUGAACAACUUCGAUAUUGUUGCAACUCUCACCAGAAUCACAGCCCAGUCGAUUGUCAACGAUUACAGAAGAUAUGCACCAGGUCCAAUUGACGAGAUUAUUUUAUGUGGCGGUGGAUCCUUCAACCCGAACAUUACUGAGUUCAUUCAGCAAAACUUCCCUCAGAGCAGGAUGUACCUCUUGGAUGAGCAUGGAGUAUCGAGUGGUGCCAAGGAGGCCGUGACAUUUGCUUUUCAGGGUCUGGAGGCAAUUCUUGGUCGCCCGCUAAUUGUCCCCGACCAGGUGGAAACCAGCACUCCAGUAGUAGUUGGUAAGAUUACUCCAGGAGCAAACUAUAGAGAGCUCCAAAGGACUGCGGUCAACUUUUCCAGAGGCCACGAAGAAGAGCCAUAUCUUCCAGCGGUGAGAAGACUGGUUUUGGACUGA